CUGUUACUGCAUCACGAUGCCGCAACCUCCAGGCUGCUGCGAAACUCCCGGCUGUAGUGCUCUGGCCAGCCUCCAGUGUCCAACUUGCCUCAAAAUCGGUAUCGUAAGCUCUUUUUGCUCCCAGGACUGCUUCAAAGGCAACUGGAAGAGUCACAAAGUUUUGCACCAGCUGGCAAAGGGGGGAAACAAAAAUGACUCUACGAAUGAGUACAAUCCUUGGCCAUCUUUCCAGUUCACUGGUAAAUUACGUCCAGCACCCAGAGAUCCUCUUCGAUCAGUUCCCGUCUCUAUUGAGAGGCCAGAUUAUGCUACACAUGCAGCUGGCAUACCACUGAGUGAACAGGCAGUCAAGGGCUCUGCUCAUAUUAAAACAUUGGAUGAUGAGGAAAUUGAGGGAAUGCGUGUAGCCUGCAAGCUUGGCAGGGAAGUAUUGGAUGAAGCAGCAAAGGCUUGUGGAGUUGGAGUAACUACUGCUGAGAUCGAUAGGAUUGUUCAUGAGGCUUGCAUUGAAAGAAAUUGUUACCCUUCACCAUUGAAUUACUAUCGAUUUCCAGCAAGUUGUUGCACUUCUAUAAAUGAAGUAAUCUGUCACGGUAUCCCUGAUCAAAGACCUUUGGUAGAUGGUGAUAUUUGUAAUGUCGACAUUACUGUUUAUCACAAUGGCUUUCACGGAGAUUUAAAUGAAACUUUUUUUGUUGGCAACGUCAAACCAGAGGUCAAAAAACUUGUUAAGGUGACACACGAGUGUCUCAUGAAAGCCAUCGAUAUUGUAAAACCAGGAGAAAAAUACAGGGAAAUCGGUAACGUCAUUCAAAAACAUGCUCAAGCAAAUGGAUUUAGCGUUGUUAGAAGUUACUGUGGACAUGGUAUUCAUCGGCUUUUCCAUACAGCCCCCAAUAUUCCUCAUUACGCAAAAAACAAAGCCAUCGGAGUCAUGAAACCUGGUCAUUGCUUUACAAUUGAACCAAUGAUCUCACAGGGUACGUGGCGUGAUACAAUAUGGCCUGACGACUGGACUGCUGUAACAGUCGACGGCCUGUGGUCGGCACAGUUCGAGCAUACGCUUUUAGUUACCGAAACUGGCUGCGAUAUCUUAACCAAACGUUUUACCAAUGAUGGCAGUCCUUGGUUCAUGGAUAGCUCAUAGUUGUAUUCAUUAUAAAUUUCUGUAAAUAUAGAUAAA